AUGCAGUUCCGAUCCUUCCUGGCAAUCCUCCUGCCAUUCAUCACCUUCGCCGCAGCAUCGCCCCUCGCCACUCCGGACGACAUCGAAGCUCGCCAGCUCAACCAACUCCUACUAUGCCCUCUUCUUGGAACUGGCCUUUGCAGUGUGCAGUGCCAGCUCAAGACCAGCACCGCAGGCCAAUGCUCCCCUGAUUACAAAUGCUAUUGCCAAGACGCGGCCGGCACCAUCAUCACUUGA